CACCACUUAUCAAACCAUCAGUUUUUAUUCAAAACCCUAACCCUAAUUCCCAAAUCACACUUUGGAAUUCUAAGAAAAUCCUUCAAAUUUCCCCGAGAAAAUGUCAGGUCGCGGAAAGGGUGGCAAGGGAUUAGGAAAAGGAGGAGCCAAGAGGCAUCGUAAGGUUCUCCGCGAUAACAUUCAGGGAAUCACGAAGCCUGCGAUUCGGAGGCUGGCAAGAAGAGGUGGCGUGAAACGAAUCAGUGGUUUGAUCUAUGAAGAGACUCGUGGUGUUCUUAAGAUCUUUCUGGAGAACGUGAUUCGUGAUGCGGUGACAUACACGGAGCACGCAAGGAGGAAGACCGUGACGGCCAUGGAUGUUGUUUAUGCUCUGAAGAGGCAGGGAAGGACCCUCUAUGGGUUUGGAGGCUGAGGCUUCCAAAGUUUGGAUUUUGGAAAGGUUGGUAGAUAUCGGAAGGAUUUUGGAAAUUGGGCAUGUGAUAGACUUGUGUUUUUAAGAAAAAAUUGGAAGAGAAUUUGUAUUUUGGUUUGUAUUUUAUUUUGGUCUGGUGAAAAAUUUGUAGUUUGUAUUGAAUAGUUCAAGUCUACUUGAAUUAAAUUUCUUUCCUAUAGUUUUAGCUGUUUAUUGUUCAUAUGUGCUUUCCAUGUUUCUAAUGCAGUAGCUACCACUAGUUUGUUCAA